AUCAAGGUUUCUAGUAUAAAAUUAACUAGAUUAGUUAUGGAGCGUUGGUCGGGCAAGACAGCAGUGGUCACUGGCGCCAGCAGCGGGAUCGGGGCCGCGAUCUCUGUGAAGCUGGCUGAUGCUGGCUUGCGAGUUGUGGGCUUGGCGAGAAGUAGUCAUUUGGUUGAUCAACUACACGCAAAAGUGAAAGGCGUUGGUAGUAUAACAUCUCUAAAAUGCGAUAUCUCUAAACCUGAAGAUAUCACAUCGACUUUCCAGUCUAUUGAACAGAAAUUCGAUGGAAUACACGUUCUCGUUAACAAUGCUGGUGUUAUUUAUCCAGCUCAUAUCACAGAUAUUGGUGAUUCUCCGAUGAGCAAUGACGAAGUCAUAUCAACACUGGACGUGAAUGUAAAGGGAAUGAUUCUGUGCACUCGACACGCUGUCGCUUCUAUGAAGAAACAGAACUUUAAUGGUCACAUUAUAAAUAUCAACAGUGUAGCCGGUCACUACAUCCCCUUUCUGCCCAAUACGAACGUAUAUUCAGCGAGCAAGCACGCAGUCACGGCGUUCACUAAGGCGCUUAUAAACGAGUUGGCUCAGUUUGGUAGCAGCAUUAAAGUUACGAGCAUAUCCCCUGGGCUUGUAAGGACUAAAAUGGCGCAAAGAGAUGGCGUUGAAAUAGAUUUGCCAAUGUUGGAACCAAGUGACAUCGCAGAUACUGUUCACUAUGUGUUAUCCACUCCACCAACAGUUAACAUAACUGAACUGACCGUCCAACGGGUUUCAGAGAAGAGAAUAUAGGGAUCAAAUAAAACCUUAUUUCAACAUAUUUCUUUAUUGUUAAAUGGCACUAAUUUUAAUGUGAAGCGUGAGCAGACGUCGAAGAAGCAAGCCCCAGUAUACUGGUUGUGAAUUGCACAAAUGCCCUCAAUAUGUCCAGUUUUAAUGUCCAGAAUGGUGACGGUGCGUUUCCAGCGAUAGCAUGGGCGCCCUGAAAAAUAAAAUUCACUGUUAAUAAAAAAAUAUUGUAUAACUUACCACUGGAAUUAAUUGUAUUCCUUGUAAUGUUAUAUGGAAAUAAAAUACAUUUCAUCAC